GGAUGUGUGUCGCCGCGCAGGAGUAAUUUAUUAUUACCGUUCAUAUUCCUCUUACCAGCAGCUAACACGCCCACUUCUGCCUUUUUGUCGCUUUCUUCUCGUUUAAGAUACACGCUUUGUCUCUCUCUCUCUUUCUUGUUUCGCAGCACCUCAAGAUGACGGACUACAAGGUGAAGGACAUCAGCCUCGCUGAGUGGGGCCGCAAGGCGAUCGAGCUGGCCGAAAACGAGAUGCCCGGUCUGAUGGAGCUGCGCCGCGAGUACGGUGCGUCGAAGCCGCUCACUGGCGCCAAGAUCGCCGGUUGCCUGCACAUGACGGUGCAGACCGCCGUGCUCAUCGAGACCCUCAAGGAGCUCGGUGCGGAGCUGCGCUGGUCCUCGUGCAACAUCUUCUCGACCCAGGACAACGCCGCCGCCGCCAUCGCCAAGGCCGGCGUCCCCGUGUUUGCGUGGAAAGGCGAGACGGAUGAGGAGUACGAGUGGUGCAUCCGCCAGACGGUGAAGGGCUUCAGCGGCGACGGCUUCCCGAACAUGAUCCUCGACGACGGCGGUGACCUGACGAACCUGGUCAUUGACCACCACCCCGAGCUCGUGCCCAAGAUCUUCGGCAUCUCGGAGGAGACCACCACUGGGGUGAAGAACCUGUACAAGCGCCUCGCCAAGGGAAAGCUCCCCAUCUCCGCCAUCAACGUCAACGACAGCGUGACGAAGAGCAAGUUCGACAACUUGUACGGCUGCCGUGAGUCGCUGGUGGACGGCAUCAAGCGCGCCACCGACGUCAUGAUCGCCGGUAAGACGUGCUGCGUGUGCGGUUACGGGGAUGUGGGCAAGGGCUGCGCCGCGGCCCUGCGCGCCUUCGGUGCCCGCGUGGUGGUGACGGAGGUUGACCCGAUCAACGCCCUGCAGGCCUCAAUGGAGGGCUUCCAGGUGCUCCUCGUCGAGGACGUCGUGGCCGACGCGCACAUCUUUGUGACGACGACCGGCAACGACGACAUCAUCACCUCCGCCCACUUCCCGCAUAUGCGCGACGACGCCAUUGUGUGCAACAUUGGCCACUUCGACACGGAGAUCCAGGUGGACUGGCUGCAGUCGAACGCGAAGGAGCACAUCGAGAUCAAGCCGCAGGUGGACCGCUACACGAUGGCGAGCGGACGCCACAUCAUCCUGCUCGCCAAGGGCCGCCUCGUCAACCUCGGCUGCGCCAGCGGGCACCCGUCUUUUGUCAUGUCGAACUCCUUCACGAACCAGGUGCUCGCCCAGAUCGAGCUCUGGACGAACCGCGACUCGGGCAAGUACCCCCACGGCGACAAGGCCGGCGUCUUCUUCCUGCCCAAGUAUCUCGACGAGAAGGUCGCCGCCCUGCACCUCGCGCACGUCGGCGCGAAGCUGACGAAGCUGACGCCCAAGCAGGCGGAGUACAUCAACUGCCCGGUGGACGGCCCCUUCAAGCCGGACCACUACCGCUACUAA